AUGACAGAAGAAGUCCCAGCGGCAUCUGGCAUGCCCGAGUGCAAUGGGAGCGUACCCCCGGAGAAGGGCCCACUCCAGGUCAUUAGUGUCAUCGACGAAAUAUCAAAAUCUGUCGGGACAGUUCCUUAUGUGAAUGCAGAAAUGAGCUCUGACGCUCCACCUGCAAAAGAAAAUCAGGAGGAAAAUAGAAAUUCAUUGGCAGAGGACAUAGUACGUGGGGAUUUUGAUGGAGAGAAGCAACGCGAAGAAAAGCGAGAGGAAAGCGAUGGGAUGCUACAGCAGGGAUCAGCUGAUAUCCAGGAUACAGGGACUGACAGCCACGAAUCGGAGGAAGCCAGCACUGAUGGGAGAGGGAAUGCAGCCGAGGAGGAGGAGGAGGAGGAGGAGGAGGAAGACACUGAAGAGGAUGACGUUCAGGUGAUCGAAAUCAAGAAGGAGAACAGUGAGGCGUCCUGUCCAAAGCAGCAAGGCAGCGGCAAGGAGGCAUCUCCCCCGGCCAGCCCUGGCUGCAACUCCCAGGUGGAGAAACCAGGGGAGCAGCCCAGCCUGGGGAAAAAAAAUGACGUCUCCAGACACAGCUAUUCCAGAUACAACACAAUCUCCUACCGGAGGAUUAGAAAAGGAAACACCAAACAGCGAAUCGAUGAAUUUGAAUCCAUGAUGCACUUAUAA